AUGAGAUCACGGCUUCUUGUGGGAGAACGGCAACCCUCGGCCCUUUUACAGGUUUUUGCCGAUGUGCUCAAGUCAACGAAAAGGUAUUACGAUCCCGUCGUUGCCAACUUGAUCGUUCUCUCUGCUCUAGCCUUUGUCAACUCAAACGCCAUUGAGAUUCAUCACCAGUACCAGACAAUCGUCUUGUCAAAAGAGACAGUCAGCUGGCCCUACUACUUUCGAGACAAAGAGGGCCUUCCAGAAGUGUACACCUACUUCUGCUUCUACAAGGAGAUGUGCCCAGAUAUUGCAUGCUUCCUGUCAGCUGCGCCCGAAAUGGGCAAGUUUAUCAACUUGACCAAUGACAUACUGUCGUCUUACAAAGAGGAAAAGGCAGGUGAAGUCAGGAACUACAUUCACAAACAAGCUUUAAGCUUAAACCAAAGUCCCUUGUCUAUACUAGAAUCCGUCAUUCUGGAAACUGUGGUUGCGUACAACCGGUCCCGGGCAAUUCUGAACAACAGCCAUCCGUAUGAGGGCAUAUGGCACGCCUACGCCAUGGGUUGUGUUGGAACAGCAAAGGCUGAUAAGGAGUAA